AUGGAGCAGAAGGAGGGGAAGCCCUCUGAGGACGGGACCCCUGUGUCCCCAACCACAGAGGUCCCGGAGACAGUGGGAGGGGGAGCCUCUGCUGAGGAGGAGGCCACAGGCCCAGCUGAAAGGACCAUCACAGAGGGGCCUCCAGAUGGGGCAGGAAAGCAGGAGAGGGCACCAGCUGAGGAAUCCAAAGGGGAGGCUGAACUUCAAAAGGAGGACAGCGGGAAGAAAGAGACCACCGUGGCUCCUCAGGAGAUGGCUGAUUGGAAAGAAGAGACCAACUCUGAACCCAAGGAGGCUGAGGGAAAAGAGGAGAUCACGUUGGCCUCUGAGAAGCAGCAGGCUGAUGAGAAAGAGGCCAAGCCUGGAUCUAGGGAGAAAGCCAAUGUGAAUGAUGAGGUGCAGGCUGCUGGGAAUGAGGAGGCCAAGGCUGGAGACAGGGAGGCUGCUGGGAAGGAGGAGGCCAAGGUUGGAGGCAGGGAGGCCAAAGGGAAGGAGGAGGCCAAGGCUGGAGACAGGGAGGCUGCUGGGAAGGAGGAGGCCAAGGCUGGAGACAGGGAGGCUGCUGGGAAGCAGCAGGCCACAGUGGCCUCUCAGGAGGUGAGCAACAAGACGGAGGAGCCCAAGGCUGAAACCCAAGAGAAAGCCAGUGCCCCAGAGGCCAAGUCGGACUCUCAGAAGGCUGCCGUGGAAGAUGAGGCCAAGCCUGAACCACAGGAGGAGGAGGUGAAGGAGGAGCAAGCCCCUCCCCUAGCCUGGGGUGGGGGAUGCAGCACUGUGGCUCCAGGCUGCCUUCCAGAUCUUUCUGAAGCCCUCACAGAGCCUCAGGCAGGUGCGGGCCCACACAGCCCAUGUUCAUUCCAGGAGCCAGGCUGUCCUGAUGAAGAGCAGGACCAGGGCGCGGAGAAAGGGGCAGAGGAAAGGGCAGAAGCGCUUCCCCGGUCCGCCGAGGAAUGGCCCGAGAGCCCCACGGAGGAGGGCAGCGGCCUCAGCCCAGAUGGGCUGAGUCCAGACACCGCAGCUUCCGGAGAGACCAGUCCUUCAGCCAGUGAAUCUUCACCCAGCGACGUGUCCCAGAGCCCCACGGAGCCCCCUCCCUCACAGGAGAAGAAGAAAGACAAGGCGCCAGAGCGCAGGGUGUCAGCCCCUGCCCGGCCCCGGGGGCCCCGUGCCCAGAACCGCAAAGCCAUCGUAGACAAGUUUGGGGGGGCAGCCUCGGGCCCCACGGCCCUGUUCCGGAACACCAAGGCCGCGGGGGCAGCCAUCGGCGGCGUUAAGAACAUGCUCUUGGAGUGGUGUCGGGCCAUGACGAGGAGCUACGAGCAUGUGGACAUCCAGAACUUCUCCUCAAGCUGGAGCAGUGGCAUGGCCUUCUGCGCCCUCGUCCACAAGUUCUUCCCCGAUGCCUUUGACUAUGCUGCGCUGGACCCCGCCAAGCGCCGGCACAACUUCUCCCUGGCCUUCUCCACAGCCGAGAAACUGGCCGACUGUGCCCAGCUGCUGGAAGUGGAUGAUAUGGUGCGGCUGGCAGUGCCCGACUCCAAGUGCGUCUACACCUACAUCCAGGAGCUGUACCGCAGCCUCGUGCAGAAGGGACUGGUGAAGACCAAGAAGAAAUGAGGGGCUGACCAACCCUGUGGGCAGAGGCGGGCAGGGAGCCCAGCUGACCAGCCGUGGCCCAGAGGCUCACUCCUGCUCAUGGUGGCAGCAGUGCUGGGGCUCAGACAAGGGCAGAUGGUACCAGUCUUAACUACAUGAAAAGUUCUUUUGUAAAAUCCGGUCUAGCCCCUUAGUGCUCCCUCCCUAACCCAGCAGGAACAUCUCUCACUUGGAUAAUAAAACCGGGCCGCCAGGGUUCCUCA